AUGGAUCCAUCGAUUGAGGCCUUCCUCGAUCGCCUCGACAACACCCUGAAGGCCCAGGACAAGGUCAUCGCCGAGAUCCAGGCGUCCACAGCAAAGAUCGACGAGCUCGUCAAUUGGCGGCCCGAUCUGGAGAAGCGCGUCGCCGAUUUGGGCGAUGCGGUGGCAGCUCUCCAGCUCUCGCAGCCAGCACCAACUAAGGAGGUCGAGGGCAACCGGGCGCCAGCACCGUCUUACACUCCACCAACGACGACCGGUGCCCACAUCGGGGCCGGUACCGGCGCGGUUGACGCUCCCCAAGGGCCCACAGGCCACGGCGUCUUCAACCUACCUCGGGGGCCCCCGGCGGCGUCGUUCCAGACGCCGCCCCCGCCCCCGGCAUCUGGAGAUAAUCCUAAUCUGUGGAAGACACUUUGCGAGCAAUAUUUUCAGAUGUUUGGUAUUGUGCAGUCAUUUUGGGUUCCCAUGGCCGCUCUGAAUUUUUCGGGGUCAGCAUCUGUGUGGCUGCAGUCCAUUCAGAAACGGCUAGGACAUUACGAUUGGGAUUCAUUCACUGCAUUACUCUGUACUCGUUUCGGGCGUGAUCGGCAUCAAACGCUGAUCAGGCAGUUCUACACUGUCCGCCAAACAUCUUCAGUAGCACAAUAUAUAGAGCAGUUCGAACUAAUUAUCAAUCACCUAUCAUCAUAUUCUGAUUCGAUUCACCCAUUCUACUUUUUGACUCGGUUUGUCGAGGGCUUGCGGAAGGAUAUCCGAGCGGUGGUGCUAGUUCAGCGCCCACCUGACUUGGAUACAGCUUGUGCGCUGGCCCUGCUUCAGGAGGAAGUGGCCGACGGCGUGUUUGGCAGCUUCUCAAGACCACCUGAGCCCGCCCCGCGCGCGGGCACUCCCCUGCCUCUACCUCCACCACCAACACGUCUUGUUCCGGCUGCACCGGCGACAGACCGUCGCGGCACGGAUGCGGCGCGAGCAGAUACAACCAAGAUAAAAGCGCUACGGGACUACCGACGUGCUCGCGGGCUAUGCUUCAAGUGUGGCGAGCGGUGGGGGCAGGAUCAUGUCUGCCCCACAACUGUUCAGCUGCACGUAGUCGAAGAGAUGCUCGAGCUCUUCGGCGUCGAGACCAACUCCGACACCGAAGAGGACGUACAGCAAGUGCACGCCAUCUCGCGGCCAGCAUUGGAUGGUGGUGUGUCGCCAAAGGCAUUUCAAUUGCUGGCUACUAUGCAAGACCAAGGGGUGCUCAUACUUGUGGACAGUGGGAGUUCUACGUCGUUCAUCAAUCAGAAUCUGGCGGCGCACUUGUCAGGGGUGCAAGAGCUGCGCCGGCCUUGCAAAGUGAAGGUAGCUGACGGGGGUGAGCUCACUUGCUCUUCCUCCAUUUCGGGCUGUCGUUGGUCGUCUCAAGGGUUGGAAUUUGUGACUGAUAUGAAGGUCUUACCGCUGGGAGUAUAUGAUGCUAUUCUGGGUAUGGACUGGCUUGAGAAACACAGCCCGAUGACUGUCGAUUGGCGAAACAAGCACCUGCGCAUUCCGACAGCACUGGGCACAGCCAGUUUGUUUGGGCAUGAAGCACAGUCAACACAAUGUCAUGUGAUCAACAACGCGCAGCUGCAACAACUGCAUUGCCAAGGAGCCCUACUGCAUCUGUGUUUACUCUACCCAAUCAGCGAGAAGCAAGAGACUCCGGUGCAGGAUCCCCCAAAGCUGCAAGCAUUGUCAGAGUUUGAGGAUGUUUUUGGUGAACCCAAAGGCCUACCCCCGCGGCGAGCCUGCGAUCACACAAUCCCACUCAUGCUGGGGGCGCAGCCUGUCAACAUUAGACCUUACCGCCACAAGCCGAAGCACAAGUCUGAGAUCGAACGACAGGUGCAAGAAUUAUUACAAUCUGGGGUGAUUCAACGCAGCCACAGUACAUUCUCGUCACCGGUCAUUUUGGUCAAGAAAAAAGACGGGACCUGGCGGUUGUGCGUGGAUUACAGGCAUCUUAAUGCCAUGACACGCGUCAGUAAAUUUCCGGUGCCAGUCAUUGAAGAGCUGCUUGAUGAAUUGCACGGCGCAGUCUGGUUCUCGAAGUUGGAUUUACGAGCGGGCUAUCACCAGAUCUGUUUAGCCGAGGGGGAGGAAUUCAAAACUGCAUUCCAGACGCACUCAGGACAGUACAAGUUCAAGGUCCUCUCAUUUGGACUGGCAGGGGGCAGCAAGACCUGGAAAGACCAUUUGGCACAUUUGAGGCAAGUCCUUGAACUCCUGCGUCGUGAUCAAUGGAUGGUGAAGAGGUCCAAGUGUGAGUUUGGCCAGCAGCAGCUAUCAUACCUGGGGCAUGUCAUCAGCAACCAAGGAGUGGCCACGGACCCAACAAAAAUCAGAGCGGUGCAGGCGUGGCCGACGCCAGUCGACGCAAAGGAAGUGCGCCGAUUCUUGGGAGUAGCCGGAUACUGCCGCAGAUUUGUUCGGGGGUUUGGGAUUAUUGCACGGCCCCUGUUCAACCUCUUAAAGAAGGGUGUUCCUUUCGUCUGGACAGAUAACACCAACCAAGCUUUUGAGCUUCUCAAACAACAACUUCUGACAGCCCCAGUCUUGGCGAUGCCAGAUUUCAGCAAAACCUUCACAGUCGAGACAGAUGCAUGUGACAAGGGAAUAGGAGCAGUAUUGCAACAGGAGGGGCAUCCAAUCGCGUUCAUGAGCAAAAGUUUGAGCCCGCGCUACCAAGGCCUCUCAACCUACGAGAAGGAGUACUUGGCUAUUGUGGUGGCAAUCGAUCAAUGGAGACCGUACUUGCAGCACAACGAGUUUGUCAUCUUCACUGACUAG